UUGUCCCGGUUGUUUCGUGCUUUUGGUGCUGUUGUCCCGGUUGUUUCGUGCGUUAUUGCUGUUGUCCCGGUUGUUUCGUGCUUUUGGCGCUGUUGUCCCGUUUGUUUCGUGCGUUUAGUGCUGUUUUUCCGGUUGUUUCGUGCUUUUAGUGCUGUUGUUUCGGUGGUUUCGCGCAAUCAUGUCGUCUCCUCUGGAGUCUGAUGGUGAGCGUAUAUUUCUGUUUUUAGAAUCCACUUGUACUCUAUUAAUGAUGUUGUUUCGGUUGUCUGGUAAGAUUAUAAUUCUGUUUUAUCCAUUACUUGUUAUGUUCUUUAAGCUGUUGUAUUGGUUAUUUUGCAUGUUCUUUAAGCUGUUAUAUCGGUUCUUUUGCACGUUCUUCAUAGCGUCACCUCAAAGGAACGGAAACCGCGAUGAAUUUUCCAGCGUCGAAUACGAGUGGUUUUUCUGCGAUGAAAACAACCAGUGGAUCAAGUACGGCCAAAUUAGUUCUGGAAAUGAUACGAAUUACGUCCCUUCCCAAGGUUCAGAUGACAUCGAAAAGCAUUACCAGACUCAGCCUCGCCAGGUGAUGACAAUCAAGAGCCGGCAGCAUACCUACGAAUUGAACUUUAUGACCAUGACGCAAACCAACUUAGGUACCAAAGUUCAGCGACCCAUAUGUCGUAUAGUCAAAAAUGCUGGCAGUAACAACGGCAGUGGUGCGGUAUCCAUGCACGUGGCGUACGAAUGGUACUUCAAAGAGGACGAUGAAUCGUGGGUUAAGUUUGACUCCAAAGGUAAUACUGUCAACACAGGUGCCAUUGAGAGACAAUUCCGGUCUGACCCAAAAACCAAAUUCAAGUUUACUGCCGGAAUUCAGUCGUACGUUUUAAACUUCAUCAAAAUGACCCAAACCAACACCUCGACAGGCAAAGUACGAGAGGUACGUCGGCCUAAUCAACCGGUAUCCCUGACUGCAUCUAGUCCUUCGAUUGCUCAAAUUUCCUCUGGACAAAAGUGUUCUACGAUGUCCCUACCAGCAAACCAUGCUGAAUACACCAAAGUUUUAAAGCUGCUUAAGACCACCUUACCUAAAUGUAACCCCAUCAGCAUAGUUAAAAUCAACAAUCCGUACCUAGAAACAGCGUUUAAAAACAGGAAGAUUCAACUACAAAAUCAAUAUCCAAGUGUUAAAUAUAAGGAGGAAUACCUCUUCCAUGGUACCAAGCCUGCUAACGUCAAAGCCAUUCUUGAAGAUAACAUCGACUGGAGACUUCAUGGAUCCUGCACAGGACAUAUAUAUGGAAGAGGAGCCUAUUUCUCAAACGACGCCAAAAUGUCUCACUUCUACGGAAACGCCAUCUUCGUUUGCAAGGUCCUGGUGGGUCUCACCGUCGUCGGCAACUCCAACACAGUCAAACCUGCGAAAGACAAAUCCAAUCGCCCCAUUGACACCACGGUUAAUGAUGCUGCCAACCCGACCAUUUUUGUCAAGUAUGAUUCUCAGGAGUACUACCCUGAGUACUACGCGGAAUGUUGAGGUGCCUAACCCCACACCUGAGUACCACGCGGAGUGUUGAGGUGCCUAACCCCACACCUGAGUACUACGCGGAGUGUUGAGGUGCCUAACCCCACACCUGAGUACCACCAGUGCAAAUCAUGGAAGCUUCGUAAUCAAACCUGACACCACACGGCACACGUGUCCUCAACGUCCAACGUUCGGACUCGAACGCAAGUUUGUAAGGAAUUUACACGAAUAUAAUCGCUUUUAAUCUUUAUUUGGGAAUCCACCGGACAAAUUUUCGAGGGCAAGAAAAUCAGAAUUGAAGAAACAGUGGAGCAACUGCAUCCAGAGAAAAAAAAACAUUUGAUUAUCUGACAAACGCAGAUAAAGUAUUCUUAUAAUGCGUAUAUUCUGUAUUCCUAUCUAUAGGCAUAUGAUUUGACAGUGAACUUAAUGCACAGUAUUAACCUUGCGACACUAAAUACGGCAGCAGCUAACAAACGAGGCGUUCCUUACGACACAG